CUUCCGUAACCCCCAAGCCCAUGCUCUGGGCGCUCCUGCUGGCGCUGCUAAGAACCGCGGUCCCCACCCAACCCCGCGCCUGCAGUGUCCCCGACGUGCUGCGCCACUACCGGGCCGUCAUCUUCGAGGACCUGCAGGCCGCUGCGAGGCGGGCAGGGCCGGGGGCUGCGGGCGACGGGCCAGGCUCCAGACAUCUCCAUUUCGUUCAGAAAAACCAGACUGACGCCAUGGCCCCCGGACGGCGGGGUCGGGUGGGGCCCUCCUGUGGCGCCCAGAAGGAGCACGGCAUUCUAGUGUCCAUCGCGGCCCUGGGUCGGGCCCUGCGUGGAGCGGUGGCUGGGGACCCCCGCGGGGCCCUGGAGAGAGCUGCCUGGACCGUGGCCCUGCGCACCGAGGCGGUGAUGCGGCGCCACUGCCGGCCGCUGCGCCAGGGGAGCCGCCGGGGCUGGUGGGCCCGGCCCCGCCCUCAGCGGCAUCGCGGCCGGCGGAGGCGGCUCCUGCUGCGAGCCCUGGACGCCGUGGCCACCUGCUGGGAGAAGCUCUUCGCCCUGCGGGCCUUGGGCCGGCGCCCCUAGCUCCCCUGAAGCAGACCUGUGCUGGAUGGAGCAGCUGCUUGGGAUGAGUCUCGUUCGGGGACCACCGAGGGCUCCGUGUGGACCCGGCUGGCCAUCGAGUCCCACCAGGUCUUAUCUUGGCCCCGUCCACCCGAGGGCCAGCACCUGGAGAUGUGAGCCCUGCCCGGGCCGGGCUGCCCGCCCA